AUGCCUAAUUUCGUUCCCAAUCAAAGUCACAAAGCAAAGAAUGUAAUGUUAAGCCGAAUGCUGGAACAUCCUCCCAGUAGCCUAGGCUUAGAUGGGACUGUCGACUCGAGCGACGGGAGGAGUGUGUUUUUCGCGAUUCAAAGGAAACAAGGGAAGCGUCACUUUUUCACACCGAGUCAUGUGUCUGAAGGCUAUGAAGAGGAAGAGUCCCAGUCGGUGCCAUGUGCAUGGGCAUCAUCUGCUCUGAUUGCUCGAGUGUGGCGUAAUCGAGGACGCGAAUGCAGGGCUCUUAGGCAGCCACAUCUCAGACAGACAAACGAACUGUGA